AUGUCGGAAUCUAAUAAUACGGCAAAUUUGUUCAGCAGAUUGAACAAUAUCGAUUGGCUGAGUAGUGGUCACGUGACAACAUCGGACGUAGCGUCCUCGCCAACGCAUAUCAUGGAAUAUAUGAGAUAUCUCUCAUAUCUAUCUAUCUAUCUAUCUAUCUAUCUAUCUAUCUAUCUAUCUAUCUAUCUAUCUCAUCAGAAAAUGCGUACCUAUCUUUAUUUGAAGCAAAGGGUUAGGCGUUACAUUAAUGAUCGCAUUUUUGGAAAGAUCAUUUUUAUUCGUCGAGUAUCGAAGAGAGGUGAGCUUUUUCUUUACAUAAGCGACACCGGUUUCAAAUGGAAACGUGCGAGCUUUUUUCUCCCGGACACGUGCUCUGAACCUGCGAAGAGAUAUACUGGUCCUUUCGGCGACCGUUACAAAUAUCUAUCUAUCUAUCUAUCUAUCUAUCUAUCUAUCUAUCUAUCUAUCUAUCUAUCUAUGUGCAAAUAUGCAAUGAAAGACAGUCGAUAUUUUACGUGUAUUAUUUUAAAAAUUGAAUCUAUCUAUCUAUCUAUCUAUCUAUCUGUCUACGAGAUGCCAGAUCAGGACCAGUCACAUUGCAAAUCUAUCUAUCUAUCUAUCUAUCUAUCUAUCUAUCUAUUCAAACAUGGCUGA